CGCCAGCCUCCCAGAAUGCACUGCGGUCCGUCAGAAUUGCCAGUCAUCUUCGGCGUGUAUUCAAACGCUCCGUCAACUUCUUAUUUACACGCGAUUGUGACAUUCUGCGAUCGAGCUCCAACGACUGCGCUGAGACAUGAAAGAAGCGACGGCAAAGCGACGCGAGAAACCCCGCGCGGAGAAAGAGAAGAGCGGCGCGGACCCGCAAGACGUUGAGAUGAAGGAAGAGGAUCCGCGCGCGCCGCGAGAGCAGGACCAGCUGACGCUCGACGAGAUCAAGGAGCACGUGAAGCAGAUCGAGAAGGCCGUGCAGGGGAAGGAGCCACGCUUCGUCCUCCGUGCCCUGCGAGCUCUGCCCUCCACCAGCCGUCGUCUCAAUCACAAUGUGCUGCACAAAGCUGUGUCCGGGUUCUUCACCUCCAACGCUGCCAGCAAAGAGUUCCUGCUGGGCUUCCUGGACCAGCCGCUGGAGAAGGAAGGAGAAGUUCAGUUCAGGCCACGCACGGGGAAAGCUGCGGUGACACCACUCAUCCCAGAGGUGGAGGCUUAUCUACAGCUGCUGCUGGUGAUCUACCUCACCAACAACAAACACUACGCCCAGGCUCAGAAAGUGUCUGAUGAUCUGCUGCAGAAGAUGGGCUCUCAGAACCGCAGGGCUCUGGACUUAGUGGCUGCCAAGUGUUAUUACUAUCACUCGCGCGUGUACGAGUUCCUGAACCAGCUGGAUGUGGUGCGCAGUUUCCUGCACACACGCUUGAGGACGGCUACGCUCCGUCACGACGCUGACGGCCAGGCCACGCUGCUCAACCUGCUGCUGCGUAACUACCUGCAGUACCAUCUGUACGACCAGGCCGAGAAACUGGUGUCCAAGUCUGUGUUCCCUGAGCUGGCCAACAACAACGAGUGGGCGCGCUACCUCUACUACACCGGGCGGAUCAAGGCCAUCCAGCUGGAGUACUCAGAGGCCAGGAGGACCCUGACCAACGCCCUGCGCAAAGCCCCUCAGCACACGGCCGUGGGCUUCAAGCAGACGGUGCACAAGCUGCUGAUCGUGGUGGAGCUGCUGCUCGGGGAGAUCCCUGACCGUCUUCAGUUCAGACAGCCGUCUCUCAAGAGGUCACUCAUGCCCUACUUCCUGCUGACUCAGGCGGUGAGAGCUGGAAAUCUUGCCAAGUUUAACCAGGCGCUGGAUCAGUUUGGAGAGAAGUUUCAGGCCGACGGCACAUACACGCUGAUCAUCCGUCUGAGACACAACGUCAUCAAGACCGGGGUGAGGAUGAUCAGUCUGUCGUACUCUCGCAUCUCUCUGGCUGACAUCGCUCAGAAGCUGCAGCUGGACAGUCCUGAAGACGCAGAGUUCAUCGUGGCCAAGGCCAUCCGUGACGGUGUGAUCGAGGCCAGUAUAAACCACGAGAGGGGUUACGUCCAGUCCAAAGAGACCAUGGACAUCUACAGCACACGAGAGCCUCAGCUGGCCUUCCACCAGCGCAUCUCCUUCUGUCUGGACAUACACAACAUGUCCGUCAAGGCCAUGAGAUUUCCACCCAAGGCCUACAACAAGGACCUGGAGUCUGCUGAGGAGAGAAGAGAGCGAGAGCAGCAGGAUCUGGAGUUUGCUAAAGAGAUGGCAGAAGAUGAUGAUGAUAGUUUCCCAUGAGUCUGCAGUCUCACACCCUUUCUUUUUUCUCUUGUGUUAUUCUGUUUCAGUCUCUCUUCUUUGAGUUUUGCCAGCUCUGUUCUGUCUGUACCUCCUUUAGCUUCGCUCUUAUUAUAAUCCAUCAACAUACUGUGUGAUAUAACAUAAAGAACAUCAGAAGUUCUCCAGUUUGUUGCGCUAAUGCAUGCAUCAGUUUUAUACAUUCAUAGCAACAAUGCGGUUUGCUGAAAAAGAAAUAUCAAACAGUGUAUUUUUGGAAAGUUUUGAAUUGUAUUGAAAAGCACUGUCUUGCUUUACCAAAUUAUUACAAUUCAUAAUGUAAUGUGAGAAUUGUUUAGAAAUGAGUGGAAUUGAGUGGCGGUAAAUAAAGUGUGGGGUUGUUAACAGACA